AUGAACGGGAAGAGGCAUCCGCAGAAGGUAGGGGCGGAGAAGCAGGGGCCCCUGGACGGUAAGCCCUCAGGGGGCCAAACACGGCAAACAGACGUCCACUACCCAACCACUCCCGCCAGCGCGCAGGCAGAACAGAGACGCCAACUGGGGAAGAAAGAGGUGAAGGCUUUGCUGUCUCAGAAGCAGAAAAGAAGACCCCAGACGAGUGAUAUGUAUGCCUUGGGAGCAAAUCUGCCCCGGAAGAAUAAGGUGCACACUCGGGAUUCGUGGCACACAUGGGAGCUCUUGGUCAUAAUGGGAAGCGUCAUUUCUCUGCUUUACAUCUGGCUGUUUUCCCAGAGCUUCCAUUUCCAUGUGGCACAUCUUUAUGCUCACUUUGGGUACCCCAGUGCUCAGCAUAUUGUUGGCCAGAGAUACUUGAAAGGAGCUGGUGUGGUGAAGGAUGAAGAGAUGGCAAUGCAUUGGUUUAGACAAGCCUCCCAGCAAGACCAUCCUCAUGCUUCCUUUAACCUUGCAGUAGGAAAACUGAAAAACAUGACUGGAUCCAUGGCAGUAGGGGACGUAGAGAUGCUCCUUAAUGUUGCUGCAAGACAGGGGAUCCAAGAAGCCCAGGAACUUCUGGAGAAUGUUAUCGGGACAAAAAGCAAGCUCUUGCCAACUAAAAGAACGGGGAGUUUUUAUAAACACUAAUGUGUAUCCUGCAUACUCUUUCUGGAAUAGAAAAUGUGACUCUCACUUGUCCAUUGUGGUCCUGCACUGCUUUGUGGAACUGUCAGUGGAAGUGGCUUUUAGUUAGUUUUAUACGCUGCUGCGCCUUCAAUCGGCUGUUCAAAGUCCUUUAUGCAAGGUGUCGUUUACAUGUUUUCCUGAGACCCGAGUUUGACCUCUUCUGGAUGGAGGAGUAUUUUCUUUGGAUUUCGUUACUGCUAAGUUUCAAGCCAGUAAGCAUUCUCUGAAGUGGUGGGAGGGAAAGAAGGAAGAAACCUGUCACACCAGAGAUCUGGCUUCUUGGAUGUGAGAGUUGGCACCCACAGAUCCCCUGUGAAGGAACUAAACUCAUCAUUAGCUUCAUCAUGUGAUAUUCUGCUUAAAAUAAACUUGUUUUCAU